AUGCACAGCAAUAAGCUCAUCUGCAAAGCAUACUCCGGCUCACAUCUCACCUACAUAAAGUACCCUCAAACACUUGAGGUUCUUUGUAAAAUUCACGAUGGCAAGUGUGGCAACUACUCUGGGGGCAAGUCACUCGCCCAGAAGGCUCUAAACAUAGGCUACUUUUGGCCUACCAUGCGCCACGACUCCACCGAAUAUGUCAAGAAAUGUGAUGCUACCAGCGAUAUAAGAAAUGUGAUCUACCAAAGAAGCCGAUGUGGACCGAUUCAUCUGGAGAAACUUCAUCUGCGGGUUUGGCUGCCUACAGUUGCUGGUUAUCGACAGUGGCUCACAAUUUAUUGGCAAGCAAAUCACCGCCCUCUUUGCAAAAUACAAGAUCAAGCAACACCUGUCCACCUCGAGGUAUCCACAAGGAAAAGGACUGGCCGAGGCAUCCAACAAAGUCAGAUUAGAUUGCUUGAAGAAAAGGCUAGAAGGCUCCGAAGGGAAAUGGGUGGAUGA